AUGCCACCGACGGAGGCGCCAAAGCGCCGCAACUGGACGGCCGACGACGACCUCAUCCUGCUUCGGCAGGUGGGCCUCGCGCCCCCGUUCCUCGCCGAUGAAAUCAUGCCGGGUUGGGACGUGAUCGCUACGGCCCUCGGCGAGUGUGAAGACUUCGAUCGCGUCGUCGAUGGCAAGAAGGUGCAAAGCCGUUUCAACCUCCUUAUCGAGAAGCACCGUAAGGCCAACAAG